CCGACGCAACAUGUGUUUUUAUGGCUUGUAAAGUGCAGGUUUGAAACAUGGGACGACUGCGUAAACGCCACAACUGGAAGGCACGCAUAGGUGAAGAUAAUAGUAGUGAAAGAGGACUUAAAAACCAGGCAAACAAUUUGGAUUAUGUACAGGGUUCCGCUGCUUCCGCAGGCAAUGAAGAUGAUCGUGUUUAUGGAACAGCGCUAACCGGCAGUAAUACUUUGGCUUUGCCAUCCAAGAAAUCAAAUAAGGGAAGAAGGGAUCUGCAUCCACCAACAGAGAGAAAACGUCUGAGUAAAAAGGCAAGAAAACGCCUGGAAAAAAUUGUUGAAUCAAAAAAGAAAAAAUCAAAGCGGGCUGAUGUUUUGAAUCUUUUGGCACAGUCCUCGGUUAGUGAGCUUGAGAUCUCCCAAUAUAACUCAGUAAGUAGAAUGGGGCAAGUAAAUAAAAGUGAGUUGAAAAGAGGAUUAUCAGGUGAAGAUCAAGAUCAUGAAAUACAGUCUUUAGUAAAAAGAGGAAGAAAGAAAGGAAAGAAAGAAAGACUGAGAAUGAAAAUGAAAAAAAUAGAAGUAAUAAAGGGUGUUGAAGUGGAAGAUUGCUCUGAAGAAAGUGAUGACGAUGAUGAUGAUGAUGAUGAUCAAGAUGAUAAUGAUGGUAGAAUACCAGAUAAAGAACGUGGACAGAAAGAUGAAAUGGAAGAAAAGAAAGACGAAAAGGUGAAAGUUGUUGAAAAUGAAAGUAAUAAGAAGAACUCUUCAAGCAACACUUCAUGCAAAGUGAAAGAAGCCAAUGAACAAUCAGCAUCAUUAAAAAGAGAAAUGUCUGCAGAAAGUACAGAGAGCACAUUGCAAAAAUCUACAAUAGCAAAUAUUUUGAAGGAAGAUGCAAUAAAAGCAACACCAACAGUCUUUGUUGAAGUUAACCGUGAUCCAGACAUACAAACAGCUCGGCUACAACUACCUAUUCUGGGGGAAGAACAGGCAGUUAUGGAAGCUAUUAAAGAAAAUGAAAUUAUUCUUUUGGUUGGUGAGACAGGUAGUGGAAAAACAACACAGGUCCCUCAAUUCCUGUAUGAGGCUGGUUACACUCACAAGGGAACAAUUGGCAUCACUGAACCAAGAAGAGUUGCUGCUGUUAAUAUGUCGGAGAGAGUAGCAUUUGAAAUGUCAUUACCAAAAAGUAAAGUUUCAUACCAAAUUCGAUAUGAAGGUAACACAACAUCAGAAACAUGUGUGAAGUUCAUGACUGAUGGUGUGCUCUUGAGAGAAGUGGAGAAAGACUUUCUACUCUCAAAUUAUUCUGUCAUUGUCAUCGAUGAAGCUCAUGAAAGAAGUGUCUACACUGAUAUUCUUAUUGGUUUAUUGUCAAGGAUUGUUCUCCUAAGAAAGAAACAUGGGAACAUUUUAAAACUCAUCAUAAUGUCCGCAACACUUAGAGUAGAUGACUUCACCAACAACAUGAACUUGUUUAGUCCUACCCCACCUGUAGUCAAAGUUGAAGCUCGGCAGUUUCCUGUGACCAUUCAUUUCAGUAAGCGAACACCAACUGAUUAUGUGAAUGAGGCUUUCCGUAAGGUUGUUAAAAUUCAUAAGACACUUCCCAAUGGUGGUAUCCUUGUAUUUCUCACAGGACAAAAUGAAAUCCAUUCCUUGUGUAGGAAAUUACAGAACCGCUUUCCUUUCAAGAAGAACUUGGCAGUAUCUUCAGCGCAGGUGAAAACAAAUGAUAAGAAAGUUGGAAUCAACCUGGACAAUUACUCCAUGUCUAACAAGACCAUAGUGAUUGACAGAGAGAUGGAAGAUGAAGAUGCUGAAGAAUCACUAGUUGAUAAUAGUUCACUAAGUGAGUCUGAGGAAGAACUUGGUUCUCCAAGUUUUGAUGAUAAAGAGUUAUCACCAAUGUAUGUUUUACCUUUGUAUUCAUUACUAUCCAAUGAAAAGCAAAGAAAAGUGUUUGAAUCUCCUCCUGAAGGUGUGAGGUAUUGUGUUGUUGCCACAAAUGUUGCUGAAACCUCACUUACUAUUCCAAACAUGAAAUAUGUUGUUGAUGCAGGAAUGGUGAAGAGAAGAUACUAUGACAAAACAACAGGAGUAUCAUCUUUCAGGAUAACUUGGACAUCUAAAGCAUCUGCCAAUCAAAGAGCUGGGAGAGCAGGCCGGAUUGGCCCUGGACAUUGUUAUCGCCUGUAUUCGUCUGCUGUAUUCAAUAACGAUUUUGAAGAGUUCACACAACCUGAUAUCCUAAGAAGACCCGUUGAUGAUCUUGUUUUGCAAAUGAAAGCGAUCAACAUUGAUAAAGUUGCCAACUUUCCCUUUCCUACACCACCAGAGAGCAACGUUCUUCAAACAGCUGAGAAGUUGCUUAUCAACCUUGGAGCAUUAACACCAAAGAAGACGAGGAAAGGUGUUCUUACUUCAGUCAUCACAUCUCUUGGUCGAACCAUGACGAAAUUUCCUGUAUCCCCACGUUAUGCGAAGAUGCUUUGCUUGGGACACCAGAAUCAAUGUCUGGAGUUCGUCAUUGUCAUCGUGGCUGCGCUCACUGUGCAUGAGAUAUUUUCAUCUGGUCCCUACGAAGGUGAAGACAGAAAUGAGAGACUAAGUAACAUUACAAAGCUUAGACGAAGAUGGGCAGGUGACGGAGUAUCACAGUUACUUGGUGAUUUCAUGGUUAUGUUACGUGCAGUUGGCGCUGCAGAGUUUUCUGGUUGUUCUGCAAAGUUUUGUCAGUCCAGUGGUCUACGACACAAAGCCAUGCUCGAAGUACGCAAACUAAGAGUCCAGUUAACGAAUGCGGUCAAUGGAGUGAAUCCAGAUGCCAAGCUGUGUGUUGAUCCCAAGAUGAAACCACCAUCACCAUCCCAGACGAAGAUAUUAAGACAGAUCAUUUUGUCCUGUUUUGGCGAGAAUGUUGCCCGCCGUAUGUCAUCUGAACGAUGUGCUGAACAAGGAAUAAAGAAUGGCUACGAGUGUCAUUUGACUGAAGAACCUGUAUUCAUCCACCCAACCUCUGCCUUAUUCACUAUUUUACCAGAAUUUAUUUUGUUUCAAGAAAUAAUAGAAACAACUAAGCUUUAUGUAAAAGGUGUAGCUGUCGUUGAACCAGAAUGGUUCGCUUUGUUAAUUCCCCAACAUUGCACCUUUUCCAAACCUUUGAAAGACCCUAGUCCGAGAUAUGACCAGGAUGAAGGAAUUGUGAAAUGUCACAUGAAUGUCUCAUUUGGAGCUAGAGUUUGGUGUUUGCCUGCACAGGAGUUAGAGUAUCAAAAAUGUUCGGAGAGGUAUAAAUGGUUCGCUCGUUUUCUCCUGGAAGGUCAUGUCGUUUCAAAGUUAGCUACUUUCAGUCAAAAUCUCUUAGCAUUGCCCUCGACUAUGGUCAAGACUUGGUCAAAGUUACAACCUCGAACCGAAGCUCUAUUGAGAGAACUUGUGAACAACGAUGUUGAUUGUAGGGCUAGUUUACUAGCAAUGUGGAAGAAAGAGAAAGAUUAUUUGUUGAAGGCAUAUUUAGGAUGGAUACCGGAAUCUAAACAUGAUGAUGUCAAGAAGAUAUGGCCUCCCGUGAAAUAAUAAGUAAUGGAGAUGGCAAAAUCACAAAACUUUUUAUUGCCACCUUUCUUACGUAUGGCUUAGGGUAGAAAAGGACUUUUUAUGAAAAACGACAAUUACUACGUUAUAACUGUCUACUUUGCCACAGAGGAGAGAUGUACUCCAUCUCUUCUCUGUGACUUUGCUAUAAUGUUAAUUUUGAAGUUAAAUUUCAGAAUAAAUUAAAAGCACAACGUGGAACUUUAUGUAAACUCGAU